CCAUUUCAAGACAAGGAAGACGAGUAUGCAGAGAGCUGCAGGUGUGCUACCAAUCAGGAAAAGACAGAGGGUGACUGAAUUACUGUGUACAAAAAAUGAUGAAACAGAGUUUUGUGAAGUUGUAGUUUACCUUGUGGAAAGGAGGAUGGGGUCAAAUAGGAGAGCUUUUCUCAUGGAUUUGGCAAGAAAGAAAGGUUUUAGAGUUGACACUGACUUGAGUGAGUCCGUCACACACAUAGUGGCAGAAAGCAGUUCAUAUGCUCAAGUUCUAGAAUGGAUUCAAAAACAAGGGAAAACAAUUAGUCCAGAUUGCAAUUUACUCGAUAUAUGUUGGUUUACAGAAAGCAUGAAAGCUAGAACACCUGUAGAAAUAGAGGAAAGACACCAGCUUAUGGUUGAAAUGGCCUGCACUGUUAAAGUAUCUGCACCAUCCCAGGCACAAAUCUCUCAGUAUGCCUGCCAAAGGAGAACUACAUUAAACAACCACAACAAAGUGCUCACGGAUGCAUGUGAUAUAAUGGCAGAAUAUUAUGAGAUUAAGGAAAUUAAGGGACAAUACAUUGGAUUUAUGAGGGCAUCUUCUGUAUUAAAGUCCCUUCCACAUGCCAUCACCAGCAUAAGAAAUCUAGAAGGUAUACCAUGGUUAGGAGAUCAUGUGAAAUCAUUUAUUGAGGAAAUAAUUGAAGAUGGAGAAAGCUCCAAAGUUAAUCAGUUGCUUAGUGAUAAAAAGCAUGCAACCAUUAAGCUAUUUAAAAGCGUUUUUGGUGUUGGACCCAAGACAGCAGAAAAAUGGUAUUGGAUGGGUUUUCGGUCACUGGAAGAAAUAAAACAAGAUCAGACUUUGAUUUUUACAAAAAUGCAGAAAGCAGGUCUCCUCUAUUAUGAUGACAUUAGCCGAUCUGUGUGUAAGGAAGAAGCAGAUGCUGUUCAACAGAUUUUAGUCGAUAUUGUUCAAAACAUUUACCCCAAAGCCGCAGUGACAUUGACUGGAGGCUUUAGAAGAGGCAAGAAGAUAGGGCAUGAUAUCGAUUUUUUGAUAAGUAAUCCUGACCUAGGAACAGAAGAUGAUAUCCUACAAAAAGUGCUCAGCAAGUUACUUGCACAGAAAUUGCUUCUAUAUUGUGACAUAAAUGAAUCCACAUUUGAACCAGGAAAAUUACCAAGCAGAAAGGUUGAUGCUCUGGACCAUUUCUUGAAGAGCUUUAUAAUUCUUAAGCUGAACAAAGUCUUGGUAGACUACGAAAGCUGUGAUGGGCAUCAAGAUGUAACUGGUUCAGACAGAAAAGACUGGAAGGCUGUCCGUGUGGACAUAGUCGUACCUCCAUUUGAUCGAUACCCAUUUGCCCUGUUGGGCUGGACUGGAUCAAGGCAAUUUGAACGUGAUUUAAGGAGAUAUGCUACUCACGAGAAGAAUAUGAUGGUGGACAACCACAUACUCUACGACAAAACCAAGAAAACAUUUCUUACUGCAACAUCAGAAGAGGAAAUUUUUAUGCACCUUGGUUUGGAUUACAUUGAACCAUGGGAAAGAAAUGCAUAAACAAGAAUAUUUUCAAAGCAUAUUAUCCUCUACAGCAAGCUAGGCAUAUAAACACACUUACGUUUACUUUUAAUUAAAUCCAAUACCUUUGUUAGAGGUGCUAGUUUAUAAGCUUGUCUUUUUUUAUCUGUUGCUGAAUGCUUGUUAACUUUUGAAGCUGCUAUUUUAUUAUAUUUUUAACUGUAGAUGAGACCUUUAUACCAUUUUUUAAAGGAAUAUUUUAUUUUGGGGAAAACUGUCAAAAAAGCUAGAAAUAUGCAAAUUAGUUUGUGGGAUACCAUAAAAAAAAUUCAAAGCUGUCAAGAAGCAAAAUACAUUUUUUUAGAUUCUGUCUUCUUGGGAAUUUUACUUAUUGAAAGUCAACCUGCUAUGGUGUUGUGUAAUAUAUCAGGCAACAAGUCGCACUGAUAAGAAAUGUAUUUUGGCUAACUUUAUUCUAGAAAAUGCGUAAAACAGAAUAUUUCUAUCAUAUAUUCUGAGUAUUAAAGAUGAAUCAACAAAGCAAUUAAAAUACAAAAUGCUAAAAAUGUAUACUGUUACUUGACUAAAUCAUCGGGUAGGUAUACAUCACUUAGACACGCUUGCAAAUCCUUACUUUGGUUUCUUUAAAAUAUAAUUAAAUAUAACGUUGUUUACAUUUGACAUGUGAAUAAAUUGAAAGAGAAAAAUA